CCCGGCCUCCGCGUGCCCCCCGGGCUCCGCACCCCUGAUGCCGCGCGGGUGCUGAACCUGCCCCGGCCGGGACGAUGGUGAAGUAUUUCCUGGGCCAGAGCGUGCUCCGGAGUUCCUGGGACCAAGUGUUCGCUGCCUUUUGGCAGCGGUACCCGAAUCCCUAUAGCAAACAUGUCUUGAUGGAAGAAGUACACCGGGAGGUGACCCCUGACCAGAAGCAGCUCCUGUCCCUGCGACUCCUGACCAAGACCAACAGGAUGCCCUGCUGGGCCGAGCGACUGUUUCCUGCCAAUGUUGCUCACUCAGUGUACAUCCUGGAGGAUUCUAUUGUGGACCCACAGAACCAGACCAUGACCACCUUCACCUGGAAUAUCAACCAUGCCCGGCUGAUGGUGGUGGAGGAGCGAUGUGUUUGCUGUGUGAACUCUGAUAACAGUGGCUGGACCGAAAUCCGCCGGGAAGCCUGGGUCUCCUCUAGCUUAUUUGGCGUCUCCAGAGCUGUCCAGGAAUUUGGUCUGGCACGGUUCAAAAGCAACGUGACCAAGACUAUGAAGGGUUUUGAGUACAUCUUGGCCAAGCUGCAAGGCGAGGCUCCUUCCAAAUCCCUUGUGGAGACAGCCAAGGAAGCCAAGGAGAAGGCAAGGGAGACGGCACUGGCAGCUACGGAGAAGGCCAAGGACCUUGCCAGCAAGGCCGCCACCAAGAAGCAGCAGCAGCAGCAGCAGUUCGUGUAGGCAGCCUGGGCCUUAGGGCAGCAGCCCACCAGACCUCCCA